GCCCGGCUCCCUCACACCAGCUGCUUAGCCUUAUGCAUUCUGGGAAGUGUAGUCCUCCCCCCUGCGCUCCCAGACUCCGGCGACAGGCUGGGCGGAGGGACCGAAAACUACAUUUCCCGUCGAGGCAUCCCGAGCAAGUCCAAGCAGCCCGUUUGCCACCGAAUGUUCCGCGCAUGCGUUCCGCGCGCUUCCGGCUCUCAGCGUGAGGAAGCCGCUGAGGGGCCGGCCGGGCAGUCAUGGCCUCCGGGUGCCGGAUAGGCCCGUCCAUCCUCAACAGCGACUUGGCGGCGCUGGGCGCGGAGUGCAGCCGCAUGAUGGACUGCGGGGCCGACUACCUCCACCUGGACGUCAUGGACGGGCAUUUUGUCCCGAACAUCACUUUUGGCCAUCCUGUGGUGGAAAGCCUUCGGAAGCAGCUGGGGCAGGAGCCCUUUUUUGAUAUGCACAUGAUGGUCGCCAAGCCGGAGCAGUGGGUGAAACCCAUGGCCGUGGCAGGUGCAAACCAAUACACCUUUCAUGUAGAAGCGACAGAAAACGCAGGCGCGCUGAUCAAAGAUAUAAGAGAAAACGGAAUGAAGGUUGGUCUGGCUAUCAAACCAGGAACAACAGUAGAGUAUUUAGCGCCAUGGGCCAAUCAGAUUGACAUGGCCUUAAUCAUGACAGUGGAACCUGGCUUUGGGGGACAGAAGUUCAUGGAAGAUAUGAUGCCAAAGGUUAACUGGCUGAGAACGCAGUUCCCGUCCUUGGACAUUGAAGUGGAUGGCGGUGUUGGGCCGGACACCAUUCAUAAAUGCGCAGAGGCGGGAGCCAAUAUGAUCGUGUCCGGCAGUGCCAUCAUGAAGAGUGAUGACCCCAGAGCUGUAAUCAACCUUCUCCGGAACGUGUGUUGUGAAGCCGCGCAGAAGCGUUCGCUCGACCGGUGAAACCAGCUCACCAGAACGUUGGCCGAAUGCUGCUUUUUUUUGUACGUGGGAGGGUGGGUAACCGUCACUGAAUCGCAUUACUGCUCAGAUGAGACCAGGGGACUAAAGGGUCCUUCCUCCGCCGCAGAAGAGAGCGUUGCAGGACACUAAGCUUGUUCUUGCAGCCAGGGAGAAUUUCAGUUCUGUACCGUCGCUCGACUGCCAAAGGCAAACCUGGGUACGUACCAGCAUUUUAUGGAAAACUUCUGUGUGUUUGCUCCGUAUGCAACGAUUAACUCUGUGCAUUCCUUUCUCUUUAAGAAAAAUAACUUCUUAAUUGUGUGAAAAUAAAUGCUUGAAAGAACA